AACUUUUGUCUCCCUCUCUCUCAUUCUCUCUAUCUGCAAAGUCGAAAGAUGGCAAAUUCAAAGCCACACGCGAUUGUGAUUCCAUACCCAUAUCAAGGCCACAUUACUCCGAUGAUCAAUCUAUGCCUAAACCUCGCAUCAAAAAACCUCAUCAUCACCUUCAUCCCCCUCGAAUUCAACCAUCACUCCAUCUCCAAAGCUCACAAUCUCCACGCCGAUGAAGACAUCUUCACCGGAGCCCGAAACGCGGGCCUCGACAUACGCUACGCCCCUGUCUCCGACGGAUUUCCUGUCGACUUCGACAGGGACGGCAACGACGUCGACCGCAACUACACCGACUACUGGAAGACCAUGUUUCUCGAUUUCCCGGGGCGCGUGGAUGGACUGGUCGCCGGGAUCGUCGCGAGCAGCGGAGAUUCGCCGCCGUCGAUUAUGAUCACCGACACCUUCUUCUCUUGGGUGGCGACGCCGAUUUGUGAGAAAUAUGGCCUGCUUAACGUUUCUCUUUGGACACAGCCGGCUACUGUGUUUGCAAUCAACUAUCACUUUGAUCUACUUAGACAAAAUGCCCAUUUCCCCCCUCAACAUGGUAAAGGCGAGGAGGGCAUCAUAAACUACAUACCAGGAGUAGGAUCAAUGAGACCAAGAGAUCUGAUGUCGUAUGUGCAAUACCCAGACAUGAUUCCAAUGUUAACUGAGAUUGAAGUGAAGUCAUUCGAUCAUGUGAAGCAAGCAGACUUCAUCCUAUACAACACAGUUGAAGAGCUCGAAUCCGACACCCUUUCAGCCCUGAAUCAAAUCCUUCCAUCUUUCCCCAUCGGCCCGAUCAAUUUCUACGACGCAAGCCUGGCCCGGAGCCUCAGGCCCCACACAGAUUGCACAGAGUGGUUGAGUUCCAAGCCCCCCUCAUCAGUCCUCUACAUCUCCUUCGGUAGCAUCAAUUUCAUUGCUGAUAAGGAAGAAGUCGCGGAGUUUGCUUACGGCCUUCUCAUGAGUAAAGUUUACUUCAUCUGGGUGAUCAAGGAUGAUAAUAUUCAUGAUCAAGAAAAAAAAUUUCUACCUAGUGAUUUUAAAGAUGGGAUGGGAAAUCGAGGACUGGUCGUGCCAUGGUGCGACCAGGGCGGGGUUCUGGCCAGCCCUGCCACGGGAGGUUUUCUGACGCACUGUGGAUGGAACUCGGUUCUGGAGAGCAUGUGGCAUGGUGUUCCGAUGAUUUGUUAUCCGUUUCUUGUUGAUCAGCCUACGAACCGGAAGCUUGUGGUGGAUGAUUGGAAGAUUGGGGUGAAUUUAUGCGAUGGAGGGCGCGUGACGAGGGAGGAAGUUGCUGAGAAGAUCGAUGUCGUGAUGAAGGGAAACUCUGCUCUUCGGAUGAAGUGCGAGGUUGAGAAAGUGCGUAAGAAGUUGCAAGAUUCAUUGGGGGGAGAAGGGUCAUCACAUAAAAAUUUGGACCUAUUUUGUGAGGGUUUGAAAUUGAGGCUUUAAUAAGUACCAAAGUUGAUCGAUUUCAAUAAACUCCAACAUCAACAACUUGGAGGUACUCAAGAUCCAAUGUACUUUUGGAGCAUAAACAUAUUCUGAAAUACACAGAGAAUUUUCCAUUC